AUGACCAACGCCAACUUCAAUCCCCAUCCAGCUCCGGCUGCGAACAACAGUCAGAAGAGAAAGAUCAUUAUCUUUUCCGACUUUGACGGUACAAUCUGCAUGCAAGAUACAGGCCACAUCCUGGUCGACAACCACGGCUGCGGCACCGAAGCCCGCGCCAAACUCGAGGAGGAAUUAAAAAAUGGCACACGAAGCUUCCGCGAAGUCUCAGAAGACAUGUGGGCAUCCCUGCACGUCCCCUUCGACGACGGCUUCGUCGUAAUGGAAAAGACCAUCGAAAUGGACCCGGGCUUCCGUGAAUUCCACCAAUACUGCAUCGCGAACGGAUUCCCCUUCAACGUGAUCAGCGCAGGACUCAAGCCUAUUCUGCGCAGAGUAUUGGAUACGUAUCUUGGUGAAGAGCAGUCCUCCACAAUCGACAUCGUCGCAAACGACGCAACCAUCAAACCCGACGGCUCAGAAUGGAAGCCCAUCUGGCGCCACGACACAGAACUAGGCCACGACAAGGCCCAAUCCGUGAACGAAGCGCGAAUCGCCGCGCAAGCCGAAUGCGAGCCUAACGAAAUGCCGCUCAUCGUCUUCAUCGGCGACGGCGUCUCGGACCUGGCGGCCGCGCGCGAGGCGGACGUUCUCUUCGCGCGCCGCGGUCUGCGGCUGGAAGAGUACUGCAUUGAGCACGGCAUUACGUACACGCCGUUCGACACUUUUGCGGAUAUCAAGCGCGAUAUUGAGAAGCUUAGCGCGGAGGAUCAGGCGAAGACGGGCGGUGUUGGAAAGCCCGUGCGGUAUAACCCGCGGGCUAAUCUUUGGAGACGGAUUUCGAGCAAGGAGGCGGUGCCGACGCUUAUGGCUGCUGCUACGCCUUCGAAUGAGGAGAAGAUGUUCCUUUGGCCGGAGACUUUCUCGGAGUCCAAGCCUGGAACUAUUGAGGAGGUGGUGGAGCCUGUUGCUGUAUAG